AUGAACUUGGAACAAAGAAAAAUUGGCGAAUCAUCACCAAUAGAACUGAUGAGUUAUUUGAUCUCAAAGCUGAACGGUUCGAAUUGGAUAAGUGAUGAGUUGAUCAUGGAACUAUACCUCCAGCCGAUCAAAUGCCAGCUCCAAAUCUUCCCCGAGCUCGUUGAAAGAGGCUUCGAUGUCAAUCGAAUCAUCAGAAUCGCUCCUAGAGCUAAAUCAACUCUCCUGAUCCUGAGUAUAAUCGAUGAGAAGACAGAACUUGCUUCCUGGCUACUCUCGAAUUCCUCGUGUGAUGUAAAUUGCGGCGUUGGAGACAUUGAGUAUCCUUUAACAGCGGCUGGUCGACAUCCAAGAGCGCUGGAGCUUCUGAUAUCUCAUCCGGAGCUGGAUAAAAGCGUCACCAACGUGAGUGGCGAAACGGUUCUCCACAUCAUGGCCACCCAAAAUGACCCGGCCGCACUUCGGAAAUACCUGCCUCUCUUGCGCGAGCUUUUAGAGACCAAAGAUUCAUUAGGCGCGACGGCUCUUGUUCGUGCAGUUGCCUCCAAAUACCACGAAAACGCACGAAUUUUGUUGGAUAAUAAGGCCCGGGCAGAAGCGAUGACGAACGAAGGGAUGAACGCGGCGCACAUAGCAGCUUGCAUCAACGACCUCGCCGCCUUUGAGCUGAUCCUAGAGAUUAACGGGGGCGUUAUUAACGCUCAGAAUAGCUUUGGAAACACGCCGCUGAUGGAAGCUGCCCUCGUUGUCGAUCAAUCCGACGGCGAUUUUUUGAGAUUUUUAAAAUCCGCUUCAGAUAACUCUGCGGAUCUUACAAUAAGGAACAAAUAUGGAAAAACUCUGUUACACCUUUUGGCGAUGAAGGAAUUACCGAAGGCGUUAGAAGUCGUCAAGCACUCAAAAAUUAAUAUCAACGAACGGGACGCAAAUGGCCAUACUCCCCUUGUCGAUGCACUUUUGUCCGGAGCAAUUCUUUCAACGAGAUUUUUGCUUUCAAGUGCUGUUGGAGAAAAAAUAGCGUUUGACAAAAUGAACCGCACUGUUGGAACAGUCUUUCACGCGGCUAAGAAUGUAGAUAAAAGGCUAGAAGAACUUCAAGUUGCCGAAUUGGGACGGGAUAUGCGAACAGCGCACCCGCGAAAAUACCCGAUACGGAGGAAAAACCAACGCCAGCGACAGCUCUACAUGCUGCACAAAGAAGAAGUGUUGCUGAAUGAGAUCACUCAGCCGCACUAUCCCACGGAGCACCACUUCCCAGAUUACGAGGAAGAAAUGCAACAUCCGUAUUCGACGCGGCAUCUGGAAGCAAACGCCAAGCUAGGCGAGGCGAUCGAGGCUACCGAAGUCUACGGGCCUGAUAACAUUCUUCUUCGAAAGUGUGAAGAAGCUUUCCAAGCCACGUAA